AUGACACAUGACAACAUUUCACUGGGGAAUGAAGUUAUAGAGUAUUCAACAUUUAUGAGGAUGAAGAAUGCCCUUCUGAGGGAUGAUUCUAAGCAUGCUAUGAAACUCUUCCGAUCAGAUUUCCUGGCAAAUAUCAACCAUGUAUCUGUUGCUGACAACCAAAAGUAUUUAGCUUUAUUCCUCACAGCUGAAGGAGUCCUAGUUCCUGGAAAAAACCUUAGCACCUUCAAGAUUUCCUUGCCCUUAGUGCGCUGGCUAGUCCUUCAACAAGUAAUUCCUAAAGUGUUUCCCUCCUCCCCAAAAGUUGAAAGAGAACAUAAAAUUGGCAUGCAUGCAUUCAUUCAAGAAGGCAUAUGUGAAUUUCGUCGUAAUAAUGGACACAAUCAACACAAAUAUAGUGAUAUAGUUAUUGAUUCGCCUGGAUAUCCAACGGUUAUUCUUGAGUUGUUAGCAACAGCGAAACAGAACGAGCUCGACGAACAUUUUUCACGGGUUCUAAUUUAUGCAAAUGAACUCUCGGCAGAGGAGGCUUGGAUCGUUCAUUUUACGUGUGAAGACGACGUAACCGAGAAUCCUUAUUGGUCGGGUGAUAGUGAACUCAAAAAGGGCCUUCGAGUUGUGCAUUUCUGGCACGAUAUCAACUUUACAAAAAUUGGUGUGGUUGCAUGCUGGUGGGACGCGAAUGGAAAUGCAAAGCAUAUCACUGAUGUCGAAGAGUUUAUGGUGCGUUCUAUUUGA